UGCGGACCUCAUGCAUUCUCUAUCGAUUAUCUCUCGAAGAUGAACCGAAGAGAAGCAUCUGUUUUCCGUCUUCCGGCGGGACGGGGAGGAACGGUAUCUUCUCCGCUUUCCCUCCUUACAG